AUGGCGCAAGGAAAAGGAGUCGGAGCAAAAAAGAAGAAACAGUCUGCUGGAAGUAUCAAAGCCAAGCAGGGACGAACGAAGAAGGGGCUCAAAAAACAAGUCAAGUCCAAAAAGAUUGAUCAAAUCCACACAAAGAGCACCCAAAAGUUCUUGACCAAAAGUAUCAACAAGAACAUUGAAGCCCAGUGCUUGGCUAGUGCAGAUAAAGCUGGAACAAGUUUGAAAGUUGUGAAGAGUCAAGAAGCAAAGAAAUAA